AUUGAAAGUGGCAGAAAAUUUUUAGCCCAUGAUCGAAGAAAGUGUAAAUCCGACUAAUUUAUGGGCUUUUUAAUUUCAUUCUUCCGACACCGACAACACCUUAUAUUUAGAUCCCUCGAGCCAGCUGAGACAGCCAUGCAAUUUUUUGGAAUACAAAUUGCCACAUGUACCCUAUGACGUUUGGUUGUAUUUAAAAUACUAUGCAACGUUGGGUAAUUUUAGCACCAAUUAUUAUAUUUCCAAUUUUUUUAAAAUUUUCUUCUGCAUACACAAGAAGAUAAAUCCUCCGAGAAUGGCCAAACUUGUCAGUAAAUAACUUCUGUCGAUCCCAUUUCUCCUCUUCUAGCAUCUGCCCUUUUUUCCCCCUUGAAUUCCAAAGAAAAUUACCAACUAUAUUACUUCUUCGAUCUACUUCUUGAUGUCCCAAGUCUUAAUCCGAAGCUAGCAAAGCAAAUCUGAUUCUGAAAUACGAAAUCUUGACAAUAAUCAUUUCAUGCCUUAGCUGGUGAGGCGUGUUACAACCAUUUGGUAUAUAAUUAAUCUGUUUUCCAAAGGUGGAUCGAAGGCAUGGAAAGAGGCCACUUCCAUCGGAAGCACCAGAGGAGAAAGAGAAGGAACACGAUGACUUCCCUUCUUAUUCAUCUUCUUGGUCAGAAACGGACAUGUCUGCCAUGGUUUCAGCUCUCUCUCAAGUCAUCGCUACAACCACCGGAGAUAACCCAACUAUGGUGCAAUCAACCCCACUAGCCGCAGAGCAAUCCAUUGUCAAAGCGGAACCUGGCCAGCCUCAACCCACCCAAGAUCAAGAUAAUACAAGGAGAAGACACUAUAGAGGAGUAAGACAAAGACCUUGGGGCAAAUGGGCAGCAGAAAUACGUGAUCCUAAGAAGGCAGCACGAGUCUGGCUCGGUACUUUUGACACCGCCGAGGACGCAGCCCUUGCAUAUGACAAAGCAGCUCUCAAGUUCAAAGGCACCAAGGCUAAGCUUAAUUUUCCUGAAAGAGUUCAAGGGAAACCCGAGUUUAGCUACUUCAUGACAUCUGGUGGUUCAAGUGUUUCACCUGAACAAAAUCCAACGCCAGUGGCCAUUCCUGCCCCUUCUCAUCGUCUUCCUCCUACUCCUCCGUCUUUUCCACAAGAAACUUACCCAGACUUGCUUCAUUAUGCCCAAAUUCUUUCCAGCAACGAUGCAAAUUUCCCUUAUUACACUUCAACUCUCUUUAAUCAGCAGCAGCCUUAUGUUCCGCAUUAUCCAUCCAAUUUUUCAUCACCGCAGCAGCAGCAACAACAUCAGUUUCAACAGCAAGAUCCGAUGAGAUUCUCGCCAUGGUUCGAUAGCUCCUCUAGUUCUGAUUAUCAAGAACAUGAGGACUCUAGUAAACCAAGCGAGUAGUGUAUCUCUGGCUUCCUUAUUAAUUAAGGACUACAUUAGAAAAAUUAUAUAUAUGUAUCCAUCCAUUAUUAGUUAGGUAAUCUGAUCAGUCAGCAUCUUUGUUAUGGGAUUCCAUAAACAAGAGCUUCUAAGGAUUUUUGCUAUGUUUUUGAAGCUCUUCUGCAUUUACCGAUUUUUUAGAUGCAUGGGAUGACAGUUAUAUUAGUCACCCCAAGGAUCUCCUUCCAGUCUGCAUGAUCGCGGACUACUGUAGGAGAUUUUGGCUAGUGUUCCUUUUUUUAUUUUCCUAAAGUAUAUUUGCUUUGGCUAUUCCAAAGUCGAAAACGCUUUUGAAUUUUGUACUAAAGUAAUGAUGUUUGUAUGUGGACAACUCUUGGCAAAGUUGAAUGAGUUGGGGUUGGUUUAUUUAUA